GUGGGCUGUGGAGUUAAACUUGUAGUGGAACGGGGGACGCCAGAUCUUAUCCACACCACACAGCGGCCAGAUACCUGAUCGUGCUUGGAUGGAGGGGCGAAACCCGAUCGCCUGAUGUGCUGCCUGAAACCCAGAGGAGUGACUUAUCAGGACGCGUUCAAAAUGUCUUCUUCCUCAAGCGAGGUCAUUAGUGCCGAUGAGAUCAAGAGGGAGAAUCGUGGGAGUGUCAAGCUGUCAGUGCUGGACCCCGCGGAGUUGCCGAUGGAGAAUGCCGAACUUUUGGACUGCUCGCCGGCCUCCCUGGCCUUUUCCCCCGAGCAGGUCGCGUGCGUUUGCGAAGCGCUGCUGCAGGGAGGGAACGUGGAGCGCCUGGCCAGGUUUCUCUGGUCACUGCCGCAAAGUGACCUGCUGCAGGGGAACGAGAGCAUCCUGAAAGCUCAAGCGAUAGUCGCGUUUCACCAGGCCCGCUACCAAGAGCUCUACUGCAUUUUGGAGAACCACAGUUUCAGUCCGUCAAAUCACUCGUCUCUGCAGGAUAUGUGGUACAAGGCACGCUACACCGAGGCGGAGAAGGCGCGGGGCAGACCGCUGGGUGCCGUGGACAAGUAUCGCUUACGCAGGAAAUAUCCAUUGCCUCGGACAAUUUGGGACGGAGAGGAGACCGUGUAUUGUUUCAAAGAGAGGUCUAGGAACGCGCUGAAGGAAAUGUACAAGCGGAACCGGUACCCGUCUCCAGCCGAGAAACGAAAUCUGGCUAAAAUGACAGGACUUUCUUUGACGCAGGUCAGCAACUGGUUCAAAAACAGGAGGCAGAGAGACAGAAAUCCAUCCGAGGCGCAGUCAAAAAGCGAGUCAGAUGGAAAUCACAGUACAGAAGAUGAGUCCAGUAAAGGCCAGGAGGACUUGUCACCACGUCCCCUCUCCAGCGGCUCUUCUAGCUCAGUCGCACAUGGAACAGCCCCCCCUACAGUUUACUCAGAUGGAGGAACAACCGUCAUCCAACAAAUUGGAGACGUCAAGAUGCCCUCACACGCAGCUGGAGGAAUGAGUUUUAAUGGUGACUUAGCGAACGUGAAUGCUCACUACAUCAAUGGUGGAGGCUACGUUCAAUCACAUAAUGCUCUCCUAAAUGGACUUGGCACCACAAGUGGCCAUUUCUUGACCUUUGAUCCCCAGAGGGUCUCCCAUCAUGGUCAGGAGAGGGUAUUAGGUGGGUCUUCUGUGUCUUAUGCUCCGUUCUCAAUGGAACCUGCCUCUGGAAAGCUAGAUGCCAUGCAGACUCUAGUUUCCAAUGCUGAAGAUGGAGUCAUUUCUUCAGUGGUCUCCUUUGCUUCAGCCCCCUCCACACCAUCCACUACCUCAGGAGCCCUUCAUCUCAGCAGUUACAGUGUGGUCAAUCUCCCAGGAAGUGAAACCACCAUGGGUCUUCCUCCUCUAAUGCUGCCACCAUCCUCAACAUCAUCCACUCACGGCUCUGCUCCUUUGGGCAAUGUGGUCAGUGACUCUUCCCAGCACUCGAGCCAGACCCUGCUCUACACCCAGACUGUGAAACAGGAGCCUUUGGAUGUGUCUGGAAGCUACACUUAUCCUUCUGAAAUACCCUUGGACCAAGGCAGCAACUUGGGCUAUACAGCCUCCCUUUUCCUUUCGUCUUCCUCCACUGGUGGUUCUCUUCAUCCCACCGUAACAGCCACAGUCGCCUCUGCCCUCUCCAGCACUGAGGUACAUCACGCUCUGAGUCAAGCUGGACGUGGCCUCCAAGAGGACAGUGUAGCCCUGUCUUCAGACUACAGGUCUCAAGAUGUCCAGCUGCCCAACAGCCUGCAGGUUGCUUCAAGGGCAGGAGAAGGCCCAGUCAGGGUUGUUUGUGGGGAUCUGGACAUGGAAGGGAAAGAACUGGCCAAGCUGCAGACUGUACAGAUGGACGAUGAUGGAAGUGACCUCUGAUGAUGUCAUUAGCAAUUAAGAGCAGCAUUUCACUCAUGCUGGACCGGAUUUGUCGCACCGCAUUGUGCUCUUACGGACUCUGUAAGCACAAAUCAUUCUCAAAAAAACCCUAACGAUUGAUAUAAAAUGCGAACAGUGCCUUCAUGUCCUCAGAUAUCCCAACUUGCACUAAGAGGACUGCUGAAUGUACCAGGCAAUGCACUGACCUUUUGAAGAUUAUUUGGCUGCAGUGUCUUUACUCACACCUAAAAAAAAUCUAAGAAAAGACCCAUUAAAAAGCACAAAAUAAAUGUGCUCUGAAUAAAAAAAAAAAAAAAAAACUGCAGCUUUAUAGUGAUUGUUUUCAUUUAACAAGAUUUUACUGAAGCACAGAUUUUUUUGUUGUUGUUUAUGGACUUUUUUUUUAUUUAAAUUCUUUGAGUGUGACGAUGCAAAUGUGAUAAAGGUUAUUUUGUUAUGUUUGACUUGAGGAAUUUUAUGUUACAGAAUUUAUGAUUCAAACACAUACACCUCUUUCUAUGCAUCCCAGUGUGGACUUUGUUUUUUUUUUUAAAGUAUAUAAUCUUGACCAUUAACUGGUCACAUGUGCCUUCCUCAUAAGCUGUCAAUAUACUAGGAAGCUAGGCUAGACAACAAGACAUUUGUUUGGUAGAAUAUUUCAGAAAUAACCGAAGUAUGAGUGUUUGUUUUUCUUGAUUUGUCUGCCGACUGUUUUAAAAUGAUUUGGGCAUAUUUUGUCAUUUACUUUACUUUAAUGCCCGUCUCUGAAUUCUGUGAUCCUUGCAGGACAAGAUGAAUAUUUUUAAGAUGCGGUCACAUUUACUGUUCAGCGAAUUUUUAUGGGCAAAAUGCAGUAAUUUCAAUUGGAAUCCACAAUUGGAAUUUUGCAUGAGGGUGAAAGGUUUCCCCGCACAAAAUUCACAACAGGUUCAAAUUAGUCACGCAAAUUCGCUACAUUGACCAACAGAAAGCUGCUUUGUUUGAUAGAGACUUCAGUACUUCAUACAUCGCUACAAUAUUGAAAAUAGACAAAUGUCCCUUUCUGUCUCAGAAAUUUGCUAAGAUUUCACUAAUGUGACCACACCUUUACACCAAACUUGAGCUCUGUACAUACUUCAAGAACCAUGAGAAAACCUAAAACGUCAGUCCUGCUUGAAAAACCUAUUUUUUCCUAAACCCUUGCACCCUAUUAAAUAUUUAUAUUUGUACAUAUAUAAUGAAUGA